GCGCGUCACGGCGGCGGCGGCGGCUGCGGCGGCGACUUGCCGGCUCCCGCCCGCGCCCGCCGCACGCAUGCGCACUGCGCCCAGCAUGAGGGUCGCGGCUCUGAUCAGUGGUGGGAAGGACAGCUGUUAUAAUAUGAUGCAGUGCAUUGCUGCUGGGCAUCAGAUCGUUGCUUUAGCAAAUCUAAGACCAGCUGAAAACCAAGUGGGGUCAGAUGAACUGGAUAGCUACAUGUAUCAGACGGUGGGUCAUCAUGCCAUUGACUUGUAUGCAGAAGCGAUGGCUCUUCCUCUCUAUCGCCGCACCAUAAGAGGAAAGAGCAUGGAUACAGGACGAGUGUACACCAAAUGUGAAGGUGAUGAGGUUGAAGAUCUCUAUGAGCUUUUGAAACUUGUUAAGGAAAAAGAAGAAGUAGAGGGAAUAUCAGUAGGUGCUAUACUCUCUGACUAUCAGCGUGUUCGAGUCGAAAAUGUGUGUAAAAGGCUUAAUCUCCAGCCGUUAGCUUACCUUUGGCAGAGAAACCAGGAAGAUUUGCUCCGAGAGAUGAUAUCAUCUAACAUUCAAGCGAUCAUCAUCAAAGUAGCAGCUCUGGGUUUAGAUCCAGAUAAGCAUCUUGGAAAAACACUGAAUCAAAUGGAGCCUUAUCUCUUAGAGCUUUCUAAGAAGUAUGGAGUCCAUGUUUGUGGAGAAGGUGGAGAGUAUGAAACAUUCACUUUGGACUGCCCUCUAUUUAAGAAGAAAAUAAUUGUGGAUUCAUCAGAAGUAGUCACACAUUCAGCUGAUGCAUUUGCACCUGUGGCUUACCUGCGCUUUUUAGAAUUGCACUUGGAGGACAAGGCAGGUCUUCCCAGUACCUGACAACUGCAGAACAUCUAGUUAUAUACAUAACUCUUAGAAAGCAUUUUUGUUACUAAGCUAUGUCUAUAUUUUAAAAAUUACAGAGCAUUUUCUCAAUUAUUAUGUCCCACUUUUUCUCAUUACCUUUUUUUAUUCUUAGAAAUAUUUAUCUUUAUCAGAAGUUAAUGGACCAUUGAUUAAUUGGCUAACACAUCCGAUCCAGGAUCUCUGUGAUUGGUACCUUCUUUUUUUCCCCUUUUACUUCAUCUGCAGUCCCCGUUUCUGUAACAUUUCUUUGCUUUCAUCACACUGGUUUACUUUCUUUCUUGUUCCUGCUCUCAUCUCUGCAUAUAAUAUCAUAAUGCAGAGGCAUUUGGAAAUGAGGAUGAAAAGGCAGUAACUGUAUUUAGCUAAUCUUCUGCUGGGUGUCACCAUUUUUGUUUUUAAUAUAUUCAUUGUUUCAACAUUACUGGACACUCAGGAAGAAUACCAUUAACUCUUACUGGUUACUUUAUAACUGAUUAAAAAAUGUAAUUUUUCUUUAUUACCUAUGCUGACUUUACUUUUCGAGUUCACAGCAAAAUUGAGUGCAAGGUACAGAGAGUUCCCAUGUAUGCAUAGCCCUGUUCCCCCCCUCCUCCAACUAUCAACACCCCACACCACAGUACAUUUGUUAUAAUCAAGGGAUUUACACUGACAUAUCAUUAUCAUCCAAAGACCAUAGUUACAUGAUGAUUCACUCUUGGUGUUGUACGUUCUAUGGGUUUGGACAAAUGCGUAAUGACUUGCAUCCACCAUUAUAGUAUGAUACUGAAUAGCUCUGCCUGUUCAUCCUUCUUUUUCCUCUGACCCCUUGUAACCACUGAUGUGUUUACUAUUUCUAUAGUUUUGCCUUUUCCAGAAUGUCAUGUAGUUGGAAUCAUUUCAGUAUGUUGCCUUUUCAGAUUGGCUUCUUCCACUUACUAAUAUGCAUUUAGAUUCCAUCGUGUCUUUUCAUGGCUUAAUAGCUCAUUUCUUUUUUUAUUUUCUUUAAUUAAGACAAAUUUUUAGAGCAAUUUUAGGUUCACAGAAGAAUUGGAGGACAGGUACAGAAAUUCCCCAUAUACCCCCAGCCCCCACACAUGGAUAGUCUUCCUCAUUGUCAACAUCCCUCACCAGAGUAUGUUGCCAUUUUUAGAUUGGCUUCUUUCACUUAGUAAUAUGCAUUUAAGGUUCAUGCAUGUCUUCUCAUGAGUUUUUAAAUGCUUAAUAAUAUCAUUGUCUGGACAUACCAUAGUUUAUUUAGCCAUUUACCUACUGAAGGAAAUUUUAGUUGCUUUCAAGUUUUGGCAAUUGUGAAUAAAGCUGCUGUAAAAUACCCAUGUGCAAGUUUUUGUGUGAACAUAAGUUUUCAGUUCUUUUGGGUAAAUAUAAUACCAAGGAGCACGAUUGCUGGAUUAUAUGGUGAGUAUACGUAAAUUUUACAAGAAACCACCAAACUGUCUUCCAAAGUGGCUGUACCCUUUUGUAUUUCCACCAGCAGUGAAUGAGAUUUCCUGUUGCUCCACAUCCUUUCCAGCUUUUGGUGUUGUCAGUGUUUUGGACUUUCAUCAUUCUAAUAGGUGUGUAACGGUAUCUCAUUGCAGUUUUAAUUUGCAUUUCCCUCAUGAUGUGGAACAUCUUUUCACAUAUUUAUUUGCUAUCUCUAUAUCAUAUUUGGUGAGAUCUCUGUUCAGAUCUUUUGCCCAUUUCUUAUUCGAACUCUUUGUUUUCUUAUUAUUGAGUUUUAACAGUUUUCUAUGUAUUUUGGAAAUGGUUUUUUAUCAGCUGUGUCUUUUGCAAGUAUUUUCUUCCAGUCUGUGGAUUGUCUACUCAUUCUUUUUGCCAGUGUAUUUCACAGAGCAGAAGUUUUUAAUUUUAAUGAAACCCAGCUUAUUAAUUUUUUUUUCAUGGAUCAUGCCUUUGGUAUUGUAUCUAAAAGUCAUCACCAAACCUAAGGUCAUCUGGAUUUUCUCCUAUUUUAUCUUCUAGGAUUUUUAUAGUUUUGCAUUUUACAGUUGGGUUUGUUAUCCACUUUGGCUUAAUUUUUGUAAAGGGGUAUAAGGUUUGUGUCUGCAUUCAUUUCUUUUAUAUGUGGAUAUCUAGUGGUUCUAGCACCAUUUGUUGAAAAGAUUGUUUUCUCCAUUAUAUUGCCUUGCUCCUUUGUCAAAGAUCAGUUGACUGUAUCUGUGUGGACCUAUUUCUGAGCUCUGUAUUCUGUUCCAUUGAUUUGUUUGUUUAUUCUUUUGCCAAUACCACAAUGUCUUAAUUAUUGUAACUUUAUAGUAUGUCUUCAAGUCAGAUAAUGUCAGAUUCUGACUUUGUUCUUCAAUAUUGUGUUUACUAUUCUAGGUCUUUUACCUUUCCAUAUAAACAUUAGAGUCAGUUUUUUGAUAUCCACAAAAUAACUUGCUAAAAUUUUGAAUGGGAUCACAUUCAAUCUGUAGAUCAAGUUGGAAAGAACUGACUUCUUAACA